AUUAAAUAAGAAUUUUUUAAUAAGCUCAAAAAAGUGGUUUUGUAAAGUUAUGGAAUCGGUUAAUUCUGGCGCUGGAGUUAGUGGUGAAGCGGAAAAGAGAAAUGGAGAAUCAAGCGAUGAAGAUGCACAUCGAGAUGAUUUGAACAAUAUAAGAAACCCUCCGAUGCCCCAAAAAAACCUUUCACAUUCCGUUUCUUACGAUCCAAAUGGAGUACUUAGAAGACCUGCAAGCCAAAAUAAUUUAGAUCCAAUGAAACACCGUCAUCUUUCAACUAUAAGUCAACCAAGCUUACAUCAUAGUGCUAGCGGACCUAUUUUGAAACGUAUGAACAGUAGCAAUUCAAUAAUUAGCCAAGGGAUUUCAGCUAAACCCAGAGUUCAACAAGGUAAAAAUGGAGUCGUUUUACAAUUAGUAAUUCCAAAUACAAACAUGUAUUCUCAAGAUCCCGAACCAAUAGAAGGAACCAUGUUAAGAAAAAGACCGAUCAGCACAAUUGGAAACGGAACUCCUCAAGCUAGUUUCUUCUGUGACACUCCACCAUACGGCGACUACGUUAACGGGAGCUUAAAAGGUGCUGAAACUGUUAUUUCAGAAGCCCAAUCAAUUUUACCAACUAGUCACGAAGAAAAACAAAGAAUAACAAGAGAAAUCCUCACGAUACAAUACAGCUUAAUAUAUGCGAUCACGUUGGUCGUAUUAGGCACAACAACGUUUAUAGUAGACAUCAUAUUUGAUAUUGAACCAAUGACGGUGAUAUUGAGUUAUUACAUAGUUUGCGUGUCAUUCAUUUUUAUGUUAUACAUAAUGAUUGAUGUGAGAGUUUACAUGAAUAGGAAACGAAAAUUUAACGAUACUUUGGAGCGUAAUCACUCUGGAAACGUUGAGUUCUCCGAGAACGCCGAUGGUGGAAUACAAAUGUCUAUACCGCUACCUCCAGCUGCGAAACUACAAAAACCUUUGGAACACUUUUAUUGUUUAACCACGGGGAGACAUGGAGGAAGCCUUUAUUUAAAAAUCGGAGCUGCAGUUUUUUGUUUGGGCCAUCUAAUCCACGCCGCUUUAAUUUUAGGCUAUCAAAUAAUCUAUUUAACAUCCGACGAUGACAUGUUUUACAAAUGCUCCACAAUCGAGCGUUUAGUACUUGAUUUUAUUUACCCCGCCUAUUCUUUUACCCUUCUCUUUUUCAUUUUUAAAUACUCCAACGUUAUUAUUAACAGAAACAUACCGUUGGCAAGGAUGGGAUUUAUGCAUUGUAUAGGGUCGAGUUUAUGUUUAUGGAUUCAUACGAUUAUACGAGAAACAUUCGAUUACCUCGCGUUUUACGAAGGUUGGAAUCCCAGAGAUGAAAGACAAUUAGAGACUCAUGGCCGAUACGGGAAAUAUGGAGUACCUAAAGAAAACGCUUCAAAUCUUACUCAAACCGAUAACAGAUUUAACAUACAAGUUCGAAUAUUUACUGGUGUUUGUGAAGCUGAUGAAGGAAUGGCGAUUAUUUAUCAAAAUUUUUCUCCAUAUCUUUAUCCAUUUUCAGUUGAAUUUAACAUCUUAGUAGUUGGAAUUUUGUAUAUCGUUUGGGAUUCGAUUGCAACAUGCAAACAAAGCUUUGAACAUAACGAUGAAGCUGCAGCGAUUGCUAGGGAUUGCGAUUCUAAUUUUGGGGAGGAUGCCCCGGUACAAGAAAGCAACUUAACGAUACACACCGACUGUCAUUCAUCAAAUAAAGGAAUUUUUGCAGGAAUUAUUUUGCUUAUUGUCACGAUCGUGGCGAUUAUUUUGUUCUUUGUCGCCAUAAAUGACGAGCGGUUCCAAGAAACUGGGUUAACCGUAAGUUUAGCAACGGAUGUUGUGAUCCUUCUCGUUAUGUUAGGAGCUACAAUUUGGUUAUAUUUCUACGUCGUAAAACUGGAUAGAAAUCACCAUCAUAUUUCAAUGUUAGACGAUGUCCUUUUAUAUAUUUGUAUACCCAUGUUUUUGCUUAAUCUAAUCUUUGGAAUGGUCCCCGCUGUUUAUUACGGCAACGGUUUAAGCAUAGCCCAUCUUUUCAUCAUGAUGAUUCAAGUAAUCAUCCAAACAACAUUGAUCGUCGAUGGAAUAAGAAGAUGUAGCAACUGCAGGGAAACGAGAAAAACCAAACCAGGCCGAGAAUUAGUAACAUUCCUAAUAAUAGCAAACGUAGCAAUGUGGAUCAUGCAUACAUUCCAAGUGACAUCUCACGACUUACACGACGACCGCUACGCUUUUUAUGGAAAAGUGUUAUGGACCAUACUCGGACACGUUUGGCUCCCACUCAUGAUGUUUUAUCGAUUUCACGCAUCAGCUGGAUUAGUCGAUAUGUGGAAAUACGGAUACGAAAAAGCUAGUCAUUAA